AGAGAACACAAAUUGCUUUAUGCUUCAGUUACAUCAUGCAGAUGUGGUAUAUGCUUAUAGAAACAGAUUUAAAGUGCCAGGCCUCAGAAUAAGAUGUGAAUGAUUUAGGUCACAGGGUUCUUUUUCUGACAGUGAGACACUUGUGGUGAAAGUGGAUUUUGAGGUUAAAAACUCAAAAUUCUCCAUUGUGACAUGAAGCAAGCAAAAAGGGAAGAUUAUUAUGAUGUACAGGAUCAGUUUAAAAAAAGAACUGGUGAUAAUUGAGAUGUCUCGCUGCCACUUCACAAUUUGGUAUAAUUGUCUGUCUCUGUUAGAGCGAACCAGAACAGUCAGGGGGUGUUCAGGCCAGGAUUAAGAUGUGCUUUCAUCCAUAACUUCAAACACUUGAUCAUAAAACAUAAAUCAAGUAGAUGUAUGUUUCAGGUAAUGUCAUAAGUAUAAUUUAAUCUUGAAUAUUGAGUAUUUUAAUUCAAGUCUCACAGUUUGCUUGCAAUAGCAACAUCUGACAAAAUACUGCACGGCUGUGCAUGUGUGUCUCGGUUCACUUCAUCUUGAUGAUUUAUAUAAAUCAUAUAGUCCUCCGCCACCACCACCAUCCAGCUGUGGCUUUGUCGGAAUUAUAUGGUGGCAAUGAAUUUCACAAACUGGUGGUUUUGCAGAUCUCAAUGUACUAGUCUUGGGCUGCCUUACCUAAAGUAAUAAUAUCAGGAACUCCAAGAUUAGUGCUAUCCAGGAACUGAACCUACUGGAAAGGUAUGUUUGAAUAAUACAUGAACCAAAAUAAAAUACUUUAACAAAACCUAGUUAUAAGACCUAACCAGUAUUUUACUAAAUUGGUGUUCAAAGUUCAGUUUGGUUAGCCUUGAGUCUGUCGGUACAGUAACAAUAAAACUGUAAAAAAGAUAUAAAAUGGUGUCAAUGUGUUAGAAGUACAGUACUUAAAAUUAAGGUACAUACUUCCUUAUGGUCCUAUAACAGCGUCAAUGAUAAUGGAUUUUUAGCUGUUACAAACCUGUUCCCAAAAAAAUUUACAUAUCCUGAACUUACAUUUAUUUGACAAAAGUUCAGUUAUUUAAAAUGUUCUCUUACUGAGCACAGCUAUACAAACCAAUUAUUUUAUCGAAAGCAAUUUGCAAAAGUCAUGAACCAUAUACAUUUUAUGUUAUAUAAUCGGGCUCUCUCUGGUAAAUCUAAUAAUGCAAAAACAGAGAACAGAGCUUAUUCUAAGCUAAUUGAAAAGGACUGAGGCGCCAAACCAAGUGUCUACUGUAGCCAGGCAAUCCAGGUUGACCUUGACCAAGGAAGCAUCCAUCAGAACAAUAAUUUCAUAAAAUGCCAAAAUCUCAUGGAACCAGGGAAAAUGCAUUAGAGGAGAAGUAGCUGGAAGCCUCUUGGCUACAGACACUGCCAUUUCAAAAAGAGCAGGCAAAACAGGAGUCUCUAACCAUAAAUUAGUGUACUGGGCAAUCUUAACAAAUGGAGAUACUCUACAGCUAUGGCCAAAAGUUUUGCAUCACCCUAGUUUCUUUGAUUACAUGAUGAUAAAUAAAAUAUCUGAAUUAAAACGUUUGGCCAUAGCUGUAGGUACCUACAAUUUGAAACUUGGUGGAAGAGUGAUCACAAAUUCAGUAACUUAAUUCUGGAAGGUUAUGCACUAUAAAUACAUUUAAAGUGAGUUAGCCGUAAAUCAGUUUCCCAGCCAGAAUCUCCCCCGCUUUGUUAGUUUAGCAUUGGCCAGAGGCUUUAAGAGAUUUCUCUGCAAAAAGAAAUGGAAUAAGUGCCAAAGUGAAUCAUCAUACUGAGCUCCAUUAAGCACAAACACACACUGGCCCCUACUUAAAAAAUAUAACCCAGUGAGGAAAUCAAUCUUCAUAUAGCCCUGUGGUUAUCAUCACACAAAUUGCCCAGUGUAUCUAUACUGUUAGAGGACCAAGGGGUCACUGUUUUUCUCAAUUGGUAAUCCUGAUCUUAACUGCAUGCGUCUAUCUGUUUAGUAACACUAUAUUCUUACAGGUAAACAGCUGCAGCACUUGGUUGUUCCAAGUUGCAUGUGAGUUAAAUUACUGGCAUAUGACACACAAAAUGGAUUAAGUGGAGAUGAAAGUCCAGCUCUUAUAUUACUCCUUAUAAAAUACAAUUAUAUAUUUUUGUAUGUACAGUGUAUGUUAAGUAUACCAAUUUGCACAUAAUAGCUGUGUUGGCAAAAGCUAACUGGUUGUUUUAAAAUAAUUAAAUAUGAACUACCACAAAGAUAACUUCUAAACAUCAAUUGAUCUUUAUGUCUCGCAACCAAGCAACCAGCAGUUAAUAUUUAAGUACAUUAAAACAUCAAGUAACCUGACAAAUGGUGUGUGUGUGUGUGAUAAGCAUUUUGGUGAACUGAUUUUCUGGAUAAUUGACCUUGACUCAGAACUUUUGUAGCCUGCAAAACCCAUAUAUGUGUCUAACACAUGUUAAAUGUUUUAUUGGGACCAGGUAGUGGUCCAGUUUAAUGAUAAUCCACUUAAUAGACUUCCGGAUAAUAGACUUCUUACUGUAAUUUCAAAUGUCUGGUGUAAAUCUAGAAUUUGAAUUGGGACAUAAUCAGCAAUAGCUGUUCAAAAAUGUGAAGUAAUUGCAGUGGCUGACUAAACCAGGUGAGAGUCAAGGCAUGAAUCAAGCAUGAAGGUGUAUGUUCACCAACUGCAUCCAUGUAAGAUAUUAUAACGCGGGAGCAGACACGAGCCUGCCAUCGACAAAGCAGAGUUCAAAUCAAAGAGGAUGAUAGCAUUUUAUAAAACACCUUCAGUAUUUAAAACUAGUUUUGAUUAGCAGCUGGUCUGACCAGGCCACAGUUUUACAGUAGGGUAUAGUCUCAAUAAAGUGGUACACACAUUCAAGGAAAUACAUGCACUAAAAUAUCUGUGAGACACGUCAAGGUGACGCGUAUUUGUCAGGAACUAAUCUUUCUGCAUCUUUUUCUUCAAUUUCUAGCCGCUGGAAGUAUCCCAAAAAUUCGUGGUGAAAAUGUAUUUAGUGUACUUCUUACGCCUUGACACCAGAGGGCACCAAGAAGCAAAUUCAAAACUACUCUGCAGAACGAACUUCCUCCUAACGUGGUUGUAGAUCUAGCUUUUGAUUUUUAUUUCAAGAAAGUAAAUAUUGUUGGCGGGCAUUGUUUAAAUUAUUUCAAAUGCACAUAACGGCGGCAAUGACAUUUCAGGAGGUGAAAGUAAACAUCCCCUUCGGUGAUAAAUCUCUAGAUGGAAUUGUUUCGGUACCAGAUGAUCAUAACUUUUGUGGAGUGAUUCUCACACAUGGAGCUGGAGGAGACAUGAACUUCCGUCAUCUGGUUUCAAUAACAACGUUUCUUGCUUCAAAUGGGAUUCUGUGUGUCAGAUUUACCUGUAAAGGGCUCAACCUUGCUUAUAGAGUCAAUGCUUAUAAAGCUGUUGUGGAAUACGUGAGGAAGUCAAAGGAGUAUAAAGUAAAUGACCUUUUCCUUGGAGGGCGUUCUAUGGGAGCACGUGCUGCUGCUGCUGUGGUGAAACAACUAAUGGAGAACAAUGAUGACGAUAUCCGGGGCCUCAUAUGCCUGUCGUAUCCACUACACCCACCAAAGCAGCAAAAGAAGCUUCGGACAAGUGAUCUGCAACUUGUGCAGAACCCGGUACUUUUCCUGUCAGGAACUGCUGAUGAAAUGUGUGAAAAGAGCUUGCUGGAAGGAGAAGUAAACAAAAUGGUGGCACCUACCAAACUUUAUUGGAUAGACGGGGCAAAUCAUGGAAUGGGAGUGAAAGGACGAACUGAGGAAGAAAUAAUGGAUGAAAUGAACUCGCAAGUUCUUUCGUGGAUUCAAGAAACCGUUUGAAGAUGUGUGGCCUGUGAUUGUGAAAAGAAAUUCCACUGAGACUGUUCACCCUGUCACAGGGCUUGCUGGAGGGUUGUAUAUGUCCAACAAAAUGCAUCUAAAAUAUUUAAUUUGUAUGUAAGUGUAACAGGGCGAGCAGCCCUGUACAUUGAUUUGUUUAUUUUUAGAACGAGGGUUCCCCCUCCGCUCCUGUGUUAUUUUGUGUUUGUUUAUUUUGAUUGUUGUAUGCAUGACGGCGAGCGCCGUAUGUUUGUUAUUGUUUUGUUUAUUUUUAAAACGUGUCCUGGCAGAGGCGAGAUCGGUGCUCGUCCUCUGCCAGGUGUAAUGAAAAAUACUCGUGCAGAAGGUGGCCAUCUCCCGAAUUAAUUAAGUGAUUAAUUUAGUUGCUAAUCGGGAGAUGGUCACCUGAAUAUAAAAAGCCUGCAGUUCUCCAGUUCAGGGUGGGUGUCAGAAGGAGAGUGUGCGAGAGGAGUGACGGAGAAACGAGAGAGAAAGUAAACAUAGGAACAGUGAAGGCAAUCUGCCCAGCCUGACCUGUGUUGCAGUUAUUAUUUUGUGUUCGUGAUUUGUUUUUGUUUACCCU